ACUGACUACAUUCCCCGGGAUUCCUCUGUGCGGCGCUUACAGUCGGGAGGGGGCGGAGCUUAACAGCCGCAUGACAGGUCAGGGCGCUCCCGGAAAGUCUACACACCGGAGUAAGCAGAGCCGGGGAAAGAGGACAGCGGAGGCAGAGCCAAGGGGGCCGUGUGUGGUGUGUAUAGCAGGAGGAUGCUUCGGGUGGCGUCUUGUAUGUCCCUGCUGCUGCUGUUUAAGGCGGUAGUUGGCUUACCCUGGUUUCAGACCAUCGGUGGUGUCCUGGUAUUCUAUCUAGGCUCUGGAGGAUGGAAGUUCAUGAAAGUAUUCUACAAGACCAUAGGACGGGAUGUCAGAGGUGCUAUGACGCUGUUCCGUGUGAAGAUGCAAGUUAAGCGUCACCUUCGAGAGAAGAAUACAAUCCCCGCCAUAUUCAAGCAAUUGGUCAACCGCCAUCCAGACAAAACAGCGUUGAUCUUUGAGGGGACGGGUGCUUCAUGGACUUUUAAAGAACUAGAUGAAUUCUCCAAUGCCGUUGCCAACUUUUUGUACGCAGAAGGCUUCCGUAGCGGGGACGUUGUCGCUUUGUUCAUGGAGAACUGUAAUGAGUAUGUGGGCCUAUGGCUCGGCAUGGCAAAAAUCGGAGUGGAAGCAGCUCUGAUUAACUUCAACCUGCGACUUGAUGCCUUAGAGCAUUGCUUCAGUGUGUCCAACUCCAAGGCUGUGGUGUUCGGUCGGGAAAUGUCCCAAGCCAUGACGGAUGUGUACGCCAUGAUGGGUAAACCCACACGUCUCUACUGCGUGGGUGACUGUGACCCAUCAACGAUUCCCCCUGGAACAGAAUUCCUGUCUCCAUUACUGCAGAGUGCUUCCCGCCUUCCUCCAAAAGAUUCUGGCAGGGGAUUCACAGAUAAAUUAUUUUAUAUCUACACUUCUGGGACAACCGGACUUCCCAAAGCUGCAAUAGUGGUGCACAGCAGAUAUUUCCGCAUGGCUGCAUUGGUGCAUUAUGGGUUUGGCAUGCGAUCCGAUGACAUCAUUUAUGACUGCCUACCUCUGUACCACUCUGCAGGGAACAUUGUUGGAAUGGGUCAGUGUAUCGUCCUUGGACUGACAGUUGUCAUCAAGAAGAAGUUCUCAGCAUCACGGUUUUGGGAUGAUUGUGCUAAAUACAACUGCACAAUUGUCCAGUAUAUUGGCGAGAUUUGUCGGUACCUCCUGAACCAGCCAGUACGAGACGCAGAGGCACAGCACUGUGUGCGCAUGGCAUUGGGCAAUGGGCUUCGUCCCGCUAUCUGGGAAGAGUUUAUGACACGGUUCAGAGUCCCCCAGAUUGCAGAAUUUUAUGGAGCAACAGAGUGUAACUGCAGCCUUGGAAACUUUGACAAUAAUAUGGGAUCCUGUGGAUUUAACAGCCGUAUCCUGCCUUUUGUUUAUCCGAUUCGGUUGAUGAAGGUAAAUGAAGAGACAAUGGAGCUUAUUCGCACCCCUCAAGGUCUCUGUAUUCCUUGCCAGCCAGGAGAGCCUGGACAGCUGGUUGGAAGAAUUAUCCAGUCAGACCCGCUUAGAAGAUUUGACGGUUACGUGAAUGAGUCUGCAACCAACAAGAAAAUAGCCCAAAAUGUUUUCAGACAUGGCGACAUGGCAUAUCUUUCUGGUGAUGUACUGGUGAUGGAUGAUUAUGGUUACAUGUAUUUCCGGGAUCGAACGGGAGACACAUUCAGGUGGAAAGGAGAGAAUGUAUCAACCACAGAGGUGGAAGGAAUACUCAGCAGAUUCCUUGGGCAAGCUGAUGUGGUCGUCUAUGGAGUAGAGGUGCUAGGAACAGAAGGAAGAGCUGGGAUGGCGGCUGUUGCUGACCCUGAUCAUAAAUGUGACUUGCAAAAGUUUAUCCAAGACCUUAAAAAGUCACUGCCUGGAUACGCACAUCCGGUCUUUCUCAGACUUUUGCCAGAGGUGAACAAAACAGGAACUUAUAAAUUCCAGAAAACAGACAUGAGGAAAGAAGGCUUUGACCCACAGGUGGUAAAAGAUGCCCUAUAUGUUUUGGAUUCACAGCAAGGAAAGUACAUCCCAUUGGACCUUGAGGUGUAUCAGAGGAUCCAGUCUGGAAAGUUGAAGCUGUAGUGCCUCUCCCCUGCGGUUCUGGUUAUGUGACACGAGUUAUAAGGUCACCCUCAGAUGGCUGACUGACCUGACUUCAUCAAUGGAGCUUCUACUCACAUACCAAAGUAUUACAGCUCGAAUGCAAACUGGGAUAUCAAACGUGGCAUUUCAGGGAAACUGGGUGUACGCCCUUCUGUUAAAAAAGGGACAUUGUUUUUUUGUUUUUUUUUCUAAUUUAUUUUUUAGUCCAUCAGGAGCGAGUGAAAUUUUAGUAAUUCGCACAAAACUUGUUUUAUCAUGUCAUCUCUUGAACACUCCAUCGGUUGGUUUGGAUGAGACCGGUUCUGCAUUCUGUUCUUAUGAGCAGUCACAAAUAGAAAACCACAUGCAUGGUUGCCAUUCAGUUAGAGCUUACCUGUGACCUAAGCACAGGACUGGGCACACCAUACUGACUCCAUCUUGAAAACAAAAAGGAGACCUUAAUAUGUAGCGCAUCUGUAUAUCCUCUUAUCAAUUUUAGGGAAGUUCAGCUUUCCUUCAAGCUGGGAACUUGAACAUAUUAAUGGACCAAAAGGAGAAGAAUUUUAGCCAAUAGUUUUAACUUUAUCAUGUUCAUAGUAUGUCAGCUAUACUAUGUUCUCUGUGCUGUCCUACAGCGAGUGCUAAAACUUUGCUUUCUAUGUAACGUCUCUUUCAGUGAUUUCCCAGGGAAUGCCCAAUGACAGAUGAAAGGGGCAGCACAGGUAGAUCAUGAAAACGGUGACAGUAGGUUGAUAUGCAUUAAUGGGAAAGGGAGAGUAUUGUAUGUUUGAGUACUGUAUGCUAUGUUUUAUGCUUGCUUCUAUUCCUACUUCACCACUACCGAUCAUGAAUUCCUGCCCAUCCAGCUAAUGGCAAUAAUGCACAGUGUGGGGAGGCUAUAGUGCAGGGUCUGCGGCCUAUAGCAGAGAAGUAUGUGAGGAUGAAUUCAUUUAAUUCAGGAUUUCUGCUAUUGGGAUUCUGUGUGUAUAUAUAGUGCUGCUUGGGGGAAGGCUUUGUGCCAACCCUCACCCAAUAACUCUGUUGGUAUACUGACACAUCACCGGAUUUUAUGUAUAUUUUACAUAACAUGACAGUUUUGAGGGAUAGCUAUGGUUUGAAAAAAAAUAAUAAUUACAGAUUUAAGACUCUGUACUGGUAUACUGUAAGCAUGAAUGGGUACCUAAGCAUGUUUGGGCAUCAUUUUCUGAAGCAACUUUGUGCAGGAAUGGUGCACUGUUUGCCUUCUUCCAGCCAUGUUCUCCAGAAGCAGGAUGCAUCAGGCUGGCCAUAGCUUGACUGACACAUUUUAAUAUUAAAUACAAAAAAAAUUGGUGCAGGUCUAAAUACAUUGUUGAAAUAUACAGAAUAUAAUGGCUGUACCCGCCGUGUUUUGUGGUUCACACACAACUGUCGCCCUGCUUAGUCAGCUCCUGGUUCAGCUCUACGCCUCUCAAAUGUCUGCUGGUUUGAGGUGGAGAGUGCACACUGGGAGCUGCAAACCUGGAAAUUUCAUGGUUUGGGUGUAUGACAACAAGUUACAUAUUGCUAUUUCAACUGUGUGUUUAAUUGUUUGACUGGAGUUCCACUUUAACUGUCUUAAUGUCUGUUCAUACAUUGCUGUCAAGUGGUAAUUUGUUUUGAGAAAACGACAAAGAUCAGACUGUUCCCAAUUCCCAAUGGUUUCUUCAGAGAUUACUGAUUUUAUUUUAUUUUUAAAUAUAGAGCACUGUUUGCAUCUAAAC